CAGGAUGGGGGUCGGUGGGUGCUUAGCCCUGCCUUGGAGGUGCCUGGUCGUCCUCUGUCUCAGGCUGCUCUUCCUUGUGCCCGCAGGAGUGCCCGUGCGCAGCGGAGAUGCCACCUUCCCCAAAGCCAUGGACAACGUGACUGUGCGGCAAGGGGAGAGUGCCACGCUCAGGUGUACUGUGGAUGACAGGGUGACGCGGGUAGCGUGGUUGAACCGCAGCACCAUCCUGUAUGCUGGCAAUGACAAGUGGUCUAUAGACAACCGUGUGGUCAUCCUCUCCAACACCAAGACCCAGUACAGCAUCAAGAUAUACAACGUGGAUGUGUACGAUGAGGGGCCCUACACCUGCUCGGUGCAGACAGACAAUCACCCCAAGACCUCACGCGUCCACCUCAUCGUGCAAGUUCCCCCCCAGAUUGUCAACAUCUCAUCAGACAUCACCGUGAAUGAAGGCAGCAGUGUGACCCUCAUGUGCUUGGCUUUUGGGAGACCAGAGCCCACUGUCACGUGGAGGCACCUCUCUGGCAAAGGGCAGGGCUUUGUGAGUGAGGAUGAGUACCUGGAGAUCACGGGCAUCACCCGGGAGCAGUCCGGGGAGUACGAGUGCAGUGCCGUCAACGACGUGGCUGUCCCCGACGUGAGGAAAGUCAAAGUCACUGUCAACUACCCUCCAUACAUCUCCAACGCCAAGAACACGGGCGCCUCGGUGGGCCAGAAGGGCAUCCUGCAGUGCGAGGCCUCAGCUGUCCCCGUGGCAGAGUUCCAGUGGUUCAAGGAAGACACCAGGUUAGCAAAUGGGCUGGAGGGCGUGAGGAUCGAGAGCAAGGGCCGCCUCUCAACGCUGACCUUCUUCAACGUCUCGGAGAAGGACUAUGGCAACUACACGUGUGUGGCCACAAACAAGCUGGGCAACACCAAUGCCAGCAUCAUCCUGUAUGGACCCGGAGCAGUGCACGACGGUGGCAACGUGGCAUCCCGGGCAGCCGCUGGCCUCUGCCUCUGGGUCUCCUCCCUCCUCGCUCGCCUCCUCCUCGACUUUUGAUAAGGGAGUGGAGGGUCCCGGGAAGCCCCACCACGGGCUCUGCCCCCCUCUCCACCCGGGGACUCCUCUCCGUCGGGCAGGUGCCAGGCCAGAGGAUGGGUGGCAGCUCCCAGCAUCCCGGGACGGCCGCCUCUCCCACCCCUGGGAUGGUUCCUGCCGCCGGUUACGCUGUACAGACCCCACCACGUGCCACCAGACUCUCACCCACCAUCGUCACC